AUGUCAGUAGUUCUGUUCAUAAUCGCAUUCGCAUGCGUCGUGUUGUAUCUGGCUCGUCGGGCGCAUGCAUUCUGGAACAAACCUUUACCGCCUGGCCCCGUAGCGCUACCAAUCGUAGGCAAUCUGCUUGUACUGCUUCGUAGCGAACCGCCCUGGAAAAUAAUGAAGGGUCUUUCCGACAAGUAUGGCAACGUGUUCUCGUUACAGUUAGGUCCUCAAGUAGCUAUAGUCUUAUGCGACCACGUGGCUAUACGCGACGCUUUUGUCAAACAAGCGCCAUGCUUUUCGGGUAGACCAUACGUUUAUUCCAUUAGCCAGUUCUCGCGAAACAACUGUGGCAUAGCCUUCGGUAACAUCAGCCCCGAAUGGUCCUACCACAAAAAACUAGCCUCGAUCGCUAUACAUACCAACAUACACUCAAACAACAAACAUGACACAGCUACGUCGACAGAAGAAAAGAUCUUGGAGGAGAUUGCACACCUUGUCGAAGUACUGAAAACGAAAAAGGACACACCUGUAGACAUCAGCCAAGAUCUCUGCCUCAGUGUAAUUAAUGUGAUUUGUCACAUGACCUUCAAUCAAAGAUAUCAACUUAACGACCCGGAGUUUCAGACUAUUCUGCGCGACAACCGACAGUUCAUUGAUCUGCUGACGCCUGGCGACCCAGUCGACAUUUUCCCGAUUUUAAAGAUGUUUCCAAACAAGAGACUGCGACUCAUUGAGGAGCUAGUGACAAGAAGAGACGAACUUUUCCAGAAAAAAUUCCGCGAUCAUCUUUCGACCUUUGACCCAAACAACAUCCGGGAUAUCACUGACUCUCUUUUGAAGGCCAUGCAAGACUGUGACGACAACGGCAACACGCUGAAUGAAGACAUGAUCUUGAUGACGAUGUGGGAGAUAUUCACCGGGGGAUUUCAGACGAUCUCCGAGACGUUGAAGUGGGCAUAUGCAUAUUUAAUCAGCAACCCGGAAGUACAAGAGAAUAUUUGCUUGGAGAUGAAGCGGAUCAUAGGAGAUCGCCCUCUACGAUGGACUGAUAAGCCCUGUCUACCAUACCUGAACGCUACAAUUUUGGAGAUUUUGAGAUGCAGUUCCGUGUCUUCGAUGAACGCGCCUCACUGCACUACGCAUGACACCACAUAUCGUGGUUAUAAUAUUCCCAAAGAUACUAUGGUCAUGUGUAAUCUAUGGUGGGUACACCAUGAUCCCAAGUACUGGAAGGAACCGUUCAAAUUUGAGCCAGAUAAUAACGUUUGCAAACAAUAUGCCACGCCACCAACGGCUAAUAUGAUAUGUCUCUCUGAACACACAGGUCGCUUUCUGAACGAAGAAGGCGAAGUCAUAAUUCCUCAAAGUUUUCUUCCUUUCUCCACUGGGCGGCGUAUGUGUUUGGGUGAGCAGCUUGCGAAGAUGCAGAUGUUUCUCUUCGUUGGAUGCCUCGUACAGAGCUUCCGUUUUCAAGAAGUACCCGGGGAAUCGUACCCGGAUUUGGAGCCGGAGUCGGGGAUGUUCCGUUUGGUAAAACCGUAUAAAACCGUCAUCUCAAAGCGUUGA